AUGGAUCUGCCUUAUUACCACGGCCCUCUGUCCAAGCGAGACUGUGAGACCUUGCUGCUCAAGGAAGGAGUGGACGGCAACUUUCUGUUAAGAGACAGUGAGUCUAUGCCCGGAGUCCUGUGCCUCUGUGUCUCGUUUAAAAAUUUGGUCUACACAUACCGAAUCUUCAAAGAGAAACAUGGGUAUUACAAUAUACAGACCGUGGAAGGCGCUCAAAGACAGAUCUUUCCAAACCUAGAGGAAUUGAUCUCCAAGUUUGAAAAACCAAAUCAAGGGCUGGUGGUUCACCUUUUAAGGCCAAUAAAGAGAACCCGUCCCUGCCUGAGAUGGAGAAGAUCAAAGAUAAAGCUAGAUGGGAACAGUAACAGCGAUUAUGUGGAUGUCUUGCCUUGA